AUGAGUGGCGGCGGCAAGGGAUGGGGAGAGGCGGUGGAUCCAUUCCGGCUAAUCACAACAACUCUCCUCAGCCUCCUCCUGCCUCUCUCCUUCCUCCUCCUCAGCCGUCUUUCCUCAUCAUCCUUCUUCCUCUCUUUAAACGCAUCAUCUCCUUCAUCUUCACCGCCGUUAUCAUCAUUCUUCCUCUACACGAACUCAGCGUUUGUAAUCGUCUUCGUUUUUUUACUAAGCGUAUACACUCUAGUCCACGCUCUAGCAACCAAGAUCACAACCAAAGAUCGUAACCGUUCGAUUGCUGCCGCUUUCUCUCCACACGUCAGCGUCUCGUGGCUUAUCCUCUUCCUUGUACAAAUCUCUGUCGUGCUAGGUCUCGAAAGAACGGUCUCUGAGGGAGUCAAUAGAAUAAUCAUCAGCAGCGAACGGAGUUUCUUGAUCAGGCUCAUGUUCUUCUUUGGCCUUCACGAGGUGAUGAUACUAUGGUAUCGUGUGAUCGUUAGGCCGGUGGUGGACAGCACAUUACUGGGAGAAGGGUUUAUGAUGAGGGAAGAAACGGUGGAGGAGAAGGUGGCUUUUGCCGUGAGCUGCGGGACGUUUUGGUGGUGGAAGCUUAGAGAUGAAGUAGAGUCUUUGGUUGGUGCAGCAGAGUGUAAAAGAGAAUUGAUGCUCUUGUUAUUACAAAUCGAUGGUAAUAAAGUUAGUUUGGAUGUUGGAACGAUGGAUUUUGUGAAUUGGUGGUUGUAUUAUUUGGUUGUGACGAUUGGUGUGGUUAGGAUCGUUAAAGGGUCUUUGUGGUUUGUGAUGAUUUUGGUUUUUGAACAACGUGGAAGAAGAAAUCCAUGUGAGAUUUCUACUGCUUCUACUGUUUCUAAAGAUUGUUCUGUUCAUUGUGAUGAUGAAGGCGAUUUAGAAGGCGAUUUGGCAGUUACUUCCAAUUUCCAUCACGUUCUCCCUCGUGGAGGCGGUUCUAUUCCUCUACACGGUCGUGGGGCAGUUAAUCGACGGUUCCGCAACGUGUUCCAUCUCCGUAGUGGGUUUCGUGCUCCAUUACGAUGGAUCGAGUUCCCCACAUAG